AUGCCGUUAAAAAAAGAGCAAUCAAACGAGAAGCGACCAAAGCGAAGUGUGUUCAGCUAUGCGAACAAGACGAAAGAGGAGAUCGAGGAGCACCGCCGAGAGCUCGAGGCAAAAAUAGCACGUCUUGGUGGUCGUAUGGAGUUGCACAAGAGUCCCAAUCAACUUGUGACAAGAAAAGUUAAGAAAGACGUUGCUGAGAAAAGAUCCUCCAAGUACAUGUUCGAAUUGGAAAGCAGUGGCGAUGAUGAGACUAAAAAGAUUAAAUACUCUCGCGACGAGAUGAAAGGACCCAAAGAGGAGAACGAGGUCUUGCACGAUGAACAAAGCUCCAAAGUCGACGAGAAUAAUAACAAUAUCGAUGACAUGAAGGUUCAAGGUGAAAUUCGAAUUGCUAGCCAUAUC